AUGGAAGGAUUUACCAAUUCUGCAUCAUCGUUUGCACUUCCUCCACCUCUGCUUCCUUCUGAAGUUGAUAUUGAAAUCCAAGCACAACCACCCAUAGCUGAUUACAACCCAAUUACCACAAACCUGAAUCCCAACAAUGUCAGUUCUGCAUCAGCGUUUGCAUUUCCUCCACCUCUGCUUCCUUCUGAUGCUGAUAUUGAAAUCCAAGCAACACCAUCCAUGGCCCACAACCCAACUACAAACCUUAAUCCUAACAAUGUCAGUUGUGCAUCAUCGUUUUCCCUUCCUCCAUCUCUUCCUUCUGAUGUUUACAUAGAAAUCCAAGCAACACCACCCAUAGCUGAUCACAACCCAAUUACCACAAACCUGAAUCCCAACAUUAAUCUCAGUUCUGCUUUCUCUUCUGGAGCCGCCGAUCAUAUCAAUUUAGCAACGAUGGAUAUCAGUCUCUGGUCAGCAAAUGCAACAUCUCUUGUGGUGCUUUACUAUCAACAACGUCCACAGGUUCCCCCGAUGCUCCGAUUCGGUCUUUUUACCACAAGCUUCCAUCCGUGGGUAUACUGA